CCUCCUCAGCUCCAGGUCCGCCGCCACGAUUGGCCACCCGACCUCCACGUCUCGGCCAAUAAACGCCGUCCUCUCGCCCCCGUGUUACUGGGUAGAACAAAACAAAAACAAACAGAGCGAGAGGGGCCAGAGACGCUCCGAGGCGGCGGCAGAGGCAGAGCAACGGGGUCAGGGCCGGCAGACCGGGGACCUGGGCGAGCAGCGGCGGUGGCCCGAGGGGUUCUAAAGGAACACUUUCAUUUGGUAAUUUGUUUAAUCAGUGCAAGUGAAAUUAAGGAACAAUGGAUGUAGAAAAUGAGCAGAUACUGAAUGUAAACCCUACAGAUCCUGAUAAUUUAAGUGACUCUCUCUUUUCUGGUGAUGAAGAAAAUGCUGGGACUGAGGAAAUAAAGAAUGAAAUAAAUGGAAAUUGGAUUUCAGCAUCCUCCAUUAAUGAAGCUAAAAUUAAUGCCAAGGCAAAAAGGCGACUACGGAAAAACUCAUCCCGAGACUCUGGCAGAGGUGAUUCAGUCAGUGAUAAUGGAAGUGAAGCCCUUAGAAGUGGAGUAACUGUGCCAACCAGUCCUAAGGGAAGGUUGCUAGAUAGGCGAUCCAGAUCUGGGAAAGGAAGGGGACUACCAAAGAAAGGUGGUGCAGGAGGCAAAGGCGUUUGGGGUACACCUGGACAGGUGUAUGAUGUAGAGGAGGUGGAUGUGAAAGAUCCUAACUACGAUGAUGACCAGGAAAACUGUGUUUAUGAAACUGUAGUUUUGCCUUUGGAUGAAAGAGCAUUUGAGAAGACUUUAACACCAAUCAUACAGGAAUAUUUUGAGCACGGAGAUACUAAUGAAGUUGCGGAAAUGCUGAGAGAUUUAAAUCUUGGUGAAAUGAAAAGUGGAGUACCAGUGUUGGCAGUGUCCUUAGCAUUGGAGGGGAAGGCUAGUCAUAGAGAAAUGACAUCUAAGCUUCUUUCUGACCUUUGUGGGACAGUAAUGAGCACAAAUGAUGUGGAAAAAUCAUUUGAUAAAUUGUUGAAAGAUCUACCUGAAUUAGCAUUGGAUACUCCUAGAGCACCACAGUUGGUGGGCCAAUUUAUUGCUAGAGCUGUUGGAGAUGGAAUUUUAUGUAAUACUUACAUUGAUAGUUACAAAGGAACUGUAGAUUGUGUACAGGCUAGAGCUGCUCUGGAUAAGGCUACCGUGCUCCUGAGUAUGUCUAAAGGUGGAAAGCGUAAAGAUAGCGUGUGGGGCUCUGGAGGUGGGCAGCAAUCUGUCAAUCACCUUGUUAAAGAGAUUGAUAUGCUGCUGAAAGAAUAUUUACUGUCUGGAGACAUAUCUGAAGCUGAACAUUGCCUUAAGGAACUGGAAGUACCUCAUUUUCACCAUGAGCUUGUAUAUGAAGCUAUUGUAAUGGUUUUAGAAUCAACUGGAGAAAAUACAUUCAAGAUGAUUUUGGAUUUAUUAAAAUCCCUUUGGAAGUCUUCUACCAUUACUAUAGACCAAAUGAAAAGAGGUUAUGAGAGAAUUUAUAAUGAAAUUCCAGACAUUAAUCUGGAUGUCCCACAUUCAUAUUCUGUGCUCGAGCGAUUUGUAGAAGAAUGUUUUCAGGCUGGAAUAAUUUCCAAACAACUCAGAGAUCUUUGUCCUUCAAGGGGCAGAAAGCGUUUUGUAAGCGAAGGAGAUGGAGGUCGUCUUAAACCAGAGAGCUACUGAAUAUAAGAACUCUUGCAGUCUUAGGUGUUAUAAAAAUAUAUAUCUGAAUUGUAAGAGUUGUUAGCACAGGUUUUUUUUUUUUUUUUUUUUUUUUUUUAAGCACUUGUUUUGGGUACAAGGCAUUUCUGAAAUUUUAUAAACUUACAUUUAAGGGGAAUUUUUAAAGGAAAUGUUUUCUUUUAUUUGAGGGGGAAAGGAGGGACAAAGUAACCUCUUCUUAUGUGGAAUAUUCUAAUAAGCUACCUUUUGUAAGUGCCAUGUUUAUGACCUAAUCAUUCCAAGUUUUGCAUUGAUGUCUGACUGCCACUCCUUUCUUUCAAGGACAGUGUUUUUUGUAGUAAAAUCACUGGUUUAUACAAAGCUUUAUUUAGGGGGUAAAGUAAAGCUGCUAAAACCCCAUGUUGGCUGCUGCUGUUGAAAUACUGUGCUUUGGGAGUAAAAAAAAGAAAAGUUAUUUCUUUGUCUUAAAGAAUUUUUAAAAAAAUGAGUCAGUCAUAAGACUUAUUCAUCUUUCCAGGGAACAUAUUGAUUGGUCUUAAAGACUAGACAGUUAAGUAAAUGGUGGCUGGAACAUCUAUUUUUCUACAAAACUGGAAAAAUGAACCUGGUUUGAGAAGAAUGUACAACAAAAUAAAACAUGUGAAGCAGUGUUGAUUCUU